AUGAACGAGACGGGUCAUGCCCGGACACCCGUAACCGACAUGUCAUCGGGUAUGUGUAGAUCAACUACCGAACAUGCACACCCCCAAGAGGGUGUGCCAAAUCGGAGUCAAGGCUCCAGGUCCGGGACAAACAAUCCAACGGUGGCUAAACGACGGAGUUCACGGGCGCAUCGAGUGGAAAUGCUCGGAAGCUCCACAAGUUUGCCCAAAUCAGUGGUCUUUACAGGCUCGGUGUGGUGCAGGCCAGAAGCGCAACCUUGUUGUCUGUCUCCAUCUUUGGAGCAAUUGGAGACUACCUAA